AUGAAAUUCUGGAAGAUAGAGCUCUUUCUCUCUCUCUCUCUCUCUCUCCCUCUGUAUGUGUAGAGAAAAAUGGAGAAGAUUCAUAAAUCAUGUUAAUGGCUGGGGGGUGAAGCAAUGGAUGGGUGGAUGGAUCUGGGUUUUGGUUGAUGGACGCUGAAUUUAUGCUCCAGCCUCAAGCAUCCUGAGCCUCAGAUCUAUCAUAAGAAGCAGAAACCUGCAUGGCUUGAUUCGUUCUUACGUACAGACUUUUUAGGUGCUUGCUUGAUUCAUGAAGGGCGUAAGAGCGAGCUAAACGUAUACUGCAUUAAUUGUGAUGCUGGUAUGUGUGAAUCUUGUGUUUCUGCUGAUGCACAUUCCAAUCAUAAAAAACUGCAAAUAUAUAAGCAUGUGCAUAAAGAUGUUGUUCUCCUCGCCGACAUGCAGAAGCAUAUAGACUGUUCUCAAAUCCAGCCUUAUAGAUGCAAUGGUAAGAAAGUUUUAGCCGUAAACCCUCUUCCGCACUCUGGACGGGAACUGAAUUCUGGUGAAAUGUGCAAAGUUUGCCAUCGGAUCAUAUUUAAACCAAGCAUCUAUACCUACUGCUCUAUCUCAUGCAAGGUCGCAGCAGUUUCUACAAAUCUGACCAGUUCAGAUCCUCCCUAUCUUGCCCCAAAAAAGCCAAAAAAGAAGCCCCCACCAAAGCCAAGUGUGAAUAAGACACAGAGUCCCCCGAAGAGGGUGAAUAAGAGAAAAGGGGUGCCUAGCAGAGCACCUUUCUUUUAAACUGAGGAAGGAAACAUGAUCCCUGCUACUGAAUGAUGGAGUGUGGACUCAGGCAGCAGUGAAGAGGUCUGUCUUAAUGGGGAACUUACGAUGGAUAAGCUCAAAUAAGAAAAACCAUGCUUGGAAACUGGUCUUAUUAGUAGGUUAUGCUAUCACUAUGCUUUUUGUGGUUCUGUAUUUGCCAUGACUUGUAGACGUACCCUGCUUUGAACUCUUUAACGUUUGCUGUGUUUUUUGCUUGUUAUGAAUUUUCCAUGACUGAUCAUCAUCCUAUGUAUGCAUCUGCUCUGAACUCUUAACACUUGCUCAGUUAAUGGAGCUACAUGGAUGACACCCCUAUAAGCAUUGGUGCAGCCUUUGUUAUGCACAGCAUUCAAUCCUUGUUUAUGACAAAACCAAGCUUUCCAAGCUCAGAGAAGUGAGACUAGAGUGCAGAGAGCAAGCUGCACCUGCCAUGAGCUUGAGCUCCAUUAAGCUCAAACAUGGGAUGCAUGUUAGCUAGUUGAUUGUUCAGUGGUAAGAACAGUAUAUAUCACUGGUUAUAUGGGGGAAAAUUCAUCUUUGGUGGUAAGUAUUCAUUGCUGCUAGUACUCCUCUGGCUGCUGAUACUUUAUAUGCCAAAUGUCUUUACUAAUCUUUCUAUAGAGCACAAGAUUUCUGUUGAAUUUAUGAACCCUAGGAUUUCAUCAAAUUCUCAGUGUUGCUCACUAUGGAUAAAACCUGAGUCUUGAUGAAUCUUAAUCAGGUCAGAGAGUUUAUGUUGCUGUUAUAAGAGCAAGCUUUACACUUCAACGAAUUUAUGGACUGCAACCAUGUUGUUGAUGAUUUUCAUGUAGUAUCAUUCUUGGGCAUUUGGCUGCUUCAUAAAAUUGAGGUUCGAGUGAAUGAAUAUGGGUCAUGAGUAGAUUUUGUUGGCAAUUCUUGUUUA